GCGCAUGUGUCCCGUGUAGGCGGGAUUAAUCUUCCCGCCAAGUAGUUGUCAAAAUUGGUCCAAAUCGGGAUAAGUGAUCCUUUAUUUACUGUUUGCAUUGUUUUAUUUUAUAUCAUUUAAAUCAAAUAAAACAUAUUACUUGAGUGAAAAUGCCGAAACCUGACGAAAGUGAAGAAAACUGGAUAUCUAUGAUAGACAAUUUGUGUUCCAAAUUAAACGUAGAUCCAGUUGCUGCGAAGAAAUCGAAGGAAUCAUUUUUAGAAAUAAACCGAAACUACACUCUCGAUGGCGACCCGAUGCACUGGAUGGCCUGUGCGCUGUAUGUUGCAUGCAGAACAUCUAUGACCCCAACAGUAGAAUCAGGAAAAGCUGUUGAAGGAAAUUGUGUGAGUUUGACGGGACUUCUGAGAGCAUGUAAUAUAAGCCUUAUACAGUUUUUUAACAAGAUCAAAAAUUGGAUGGAAAUGGCACUGAUGCCAUCAGAUUUUAAGGACAGAAUAACAAGACUUGAGCAUAAAUUUGCCGUUUCUACUGUCCUGUUCAGAAACUUCCAACCAUUGUUCCAAGAAAUAUUCUCUGGAUUAACUAAUGAACCUGUUAAACCUAAUAACCCAAAGAGUAAAAAGCACAAACUACAACCAUGUUCCACAAAUGCAUUAUUUGAGUUCACAUGGUGCCUGUAUGUUUGUGUGAAGGGAGAGUUUCACAACUCAGCAGACGAUCUUGUUGAUAUGUACCACAUUCUUUUGUCUUGCUUGGACUUUGUUUUCGCCAAUGCCUUUAUGGCGAGGAGAAUUGAUUUGAUCAAUCCAGGAUUUAAAGUUGUGCCAAAAGAUUGGCUGAAUGAUGAUUUUGAGAUGCCCAGUGAGCCGCCUUGUAUUAUAUCUGCCCUGUGUGAAAUCAAAGAAGGACUGGCAGUGGAGGCUGCUACCAUGAAAGAGUACAGUUGGAUGCCAGUCAUAAAGUCAUUUUUCAGUAAAAAACAUUUAAAAGGAGACAGCGAAAACUUAUUAGGAUUACUGGAUGUUGGAAACUUUGAUGCUAACUUGAAAUCAUUGAACAAUUUAUAUGAAACUUAUGUGUUGAGUGUGGGAGAAUUUGAUGAAAGAAUAUUUUUAGGUGAACAUGCCAACGAGCAGAUAGGAAGCAAGAAAGUAUCUGGUGAUGAAAUAUCCCAAGUUAUAGCAAGUUUUGGACCAGGUGGUCGCGCCUGCCCGGACACGCCGCUGACGGGUCGGCGAUAUUUGGCGCGUCGCGAGGCGCUAACCCCGGUAUCGGAGGCGGCGAACAGCCUGGCGCGAUUAGCUGCGUUACUGCGCCACGCGCGCCCGCACCCCUCGCCGCAUCUACGAGCUUUCCUCAAUAAAUACGGGGUCACAGAAGAGUUUAUAAACACGAACGUGGUGCGACCGUGCAACGGAUGGAUGGAUCAGUUCUCGAAGUGUCUGAGCGAGAACAACUGCAGCAGCGAGACUAUAGCAUUCCGGUGUAACAUGGUCACGUGCUUGUAUUACAACGUCUUCGAGUAUAUCAUAAGGGAGGAACAUAGGAAGAAGCCACAGGUUUCUUUGCAGAAACUUCUAUCACAAGAGACAUACCAGCUCACAGUAUAUGCUUGUUGUACGGAGGUCGUGCUGCACGCGUACGGCGUCCACUCUAUGCGGUUCCCGCGGGUGCUGCAGAUAUACAACCUGAGUGCGUUCCACUUCUACAAGAUUAUAGAAUUGGUUGUCCAAGCGGUGGUCGAUAAACUCAGCAGGGAUGUUAUCAAGCAUCUUAAUGUUGUGGAGGAACAAGUUCUGGAGUCACUCGUAUGGAGCGGUGGCAGCCCGCUGUGGGAGCAGCUGGCGCGCGCGCCCGUGCCCGCCUCCGCCGACGUUUACGUGCAUGACGAGAGACCCACCACAUCAAUCGACAGAUUUCUUACCCCGAUGGCGGACCAAGCGAAGAAACAGCUAUUUAAGGACAACAUAAAACCCGGUCAGUCUUUGCUAGUGCAAUCAAAUAAACCAGAAGCUCCAGCGCCGGCGGUCACGAGUCAGCCCAACAGCGAUAAGCCCAAUACCACACCAAAUAGCACGCCCAAGAAGGCUAACAAUUCAUUAAUAUUGUUCUUCAGAAAGUUCUACGGUUUGGCGGAAGUUCGUAUGAACGAUCUAUGUGAUCGACUACGUCUCUCGGACGACGAGUUGAAGAGAAAGAUAUGGACGUGUCUAGAAUAUUCCAUCAUGCACCAAACACAGCUGCUAAAGGACAGGCAUCUGGAUCAGCUUCUUAUGUGUGCGGUGUAUGUUAUAUGCAAGGUGUCGGCGACCGCGACGAAUCCCGUGGAGCAGACGUUUGCGGACAUCAUGCGGUGUUACCGGCAGCGCCCUCUCGCGGACAACCACGUUUACCGCUCAGUGCUCAUACGACCGGCUGGACCGCAAGAAUCGCCCGAGAGAGGAGACUUAAUCAAUUUCUACAAUCAAGUGUAUGUAAAGUGUAUGCAAAACUUCGCUCUGAGGUUUACGGGGAAACAUAAAGAUGAGUGUAGCCUGUCCCCUCUGCCGGGACGCGCGGGGCGGUCGCCGGGCGGGCAGCGCGUGUCCGGACACCAGCUGUACGUGAAACCGCUCACCACGCCGCCCCACCACCACAACCACCUCACGUACCGGUUCAGCCGCAGCCCCGCCAAGGACCUGCACGCGAUAAACACGAUGGUGUCGUGCGAGGUGGGCGGCAAGCGGCCGGCCGUGGCGGAGGGCGACGUCGUGAAGCGCGCCCGCCUCGCCGCCGCCGGCGUCGCGCGCAAGCUGCAGGGGCUUGUCAGCGACAGACAGGCUGUCUGAGAUACAUCGGCUGGCCAUAAAUAUCACACGUGUAUACAAAUGGAUUUAUAUUUCAGUCAUAUUUAUUGUUGUACCAAAAAUGUUGCUUCUAGCUCUCUAGACGUAUUUUGUUUUAUCA